AUGGAAGUCAAAGCCGAUGAAAAACUGAAACAAUUAGGCAUGGAGAAAGUGAUGGAGUAUCUUCAUACGAGGAAGGUUUAUCGAUGUACCUAUCAAGGAUGCAAGGCAGACUUUGAUAGACCUUAUAGAUUAACGCAACACAUUUUAGCACACAAUAACAUAAGACCUUACCUUUGUGAUCAACCAAAUUGUGGUAAGGCAUAUACCAGUAAAAGUCAUUUGGAUCGUCACUUACGCACUGUACACAUGCCUCAAGAAACCGACGUUGUGUACAGUUGCCCAAAAUGUUUCAAGACUUUUGCUAAUCGUCAGAAUCUCAAACGUCACUUGAACACAGUACAUGAGCUGGAAUAUGCUUGCGAGAUUUGUGAUAAACAGUUUAAGAAGAAAAAUCAGCUAAGUGCUCACAUGUAUCAACAUACUGGUGUCAAAGCAUUCAGUUGUGACCAAUGCCAAGAAACUUUUGUGAGCCUAUAUCUUAAGAAGAGACACAUGCGGUACCACAAGGUAUACUUAUGCCACGAAUGUAAAGUGGAAUACAACCACUGGUCGAAAUAUCAGCAACAUUUAAAAGCUGAACACCAAAACGAUGAGUAUAUUUGUGAUGAAUGUGGGAGAGCUUUUAAACAGAGAUGCCAUAUAGUUCGACACGUGAAAAUACAUUCACAUCUUAACAGAAUAUUUCAUUGUCCAUACGAAAAUUGUGAAAGGUAUUAUUCAAGGAAUAGCAACCUAAAGCAGCACAUCUUAGUAAAACAUUUGGACAUGUUGUUUGAGUGUACAGUGUGUGGUUCACGAUUAUCUACAAAGGCAAAAUUAAACUAUCAUUUAAACCUACAUUAUAAUGCUGGAGUAGAAAAACCAGUACCGAAAUUAACUAAACCUGAUAGAAAGGAAAGAAAAGAUAAAGACAGCUUCAGAGCCUCAACGGCACUUAAAUUAGCUGGUUUGGCCAAAGCACCUGAUGAUUUGAAUGAAACUUCAUCAGGUUUUAGUGAACCACAGGAUGAUUUACGAUCAACGUUGUCAUCGUCGAGUGAUGUACCUGAAAAUUUACGUUCAAACGAGGCUCAUUCUUCAAAAAAAACUGGAAAUGCACAGUUGGGAUCAAAAUCACCACCACCAGUAAAUUUGACAGUUAAAACUGAAUACAUUGAAGUAGAAGUUGACAUACCUUACGACAUUUAA